AUGGCCCGCACCAAUAAUACCACCAAGAAAUGUACCAGUGGCUCAGUGCCACGUGUCCUCCUCAAGAUCUCAAGAGUGCAACUCUCUGGAGGGGACCGCCAGAAAAUGAAGGCUUUGAGUGCCACCAGGGGCGCCUUACCUGUGGGAGGUGGGGACUUAGAGAAGAGGAAUGGUCAGCAUGAGGCUUUGACUGCCACCAGGGCCGCCACCAGUGAGGACUUAGAAAUGAGAAGUGCCCACAAUGAGUAUUGUAUACUCUGCAGGGAUGGUGCAGCGCGCUAUGAAGACAAUACUCUCUUCAUGUGCGCGCUGUGUCCCAGAGUCGUCUGCAGGCUCUGCCUGCAACUGCCGCCUGACAUAGAGACCAAAGUCCUACAAGAGGACGUCUCAUUCAGGUGCAUCUGUUGUCAUUUGAAGAUGGAACAAAGCACCGCCUACUUUGGUUUCUAUAACAGCAACGGCCUUCCCUUCUUGGACAAGUUCCUAUCUGUCACUGGUGCACUUGAGGUGUCCGCCCAAGCUGAAAUAUCGGCGGCUCUGGUCAUUUUUAUUCACCUUAUCCUCGUUGACUUCGAAGUGGCUGGUAGCCCUUUUGAGUUUGCUCACAGCUUCCUUAAGUCAUACUACUCCGGCAAUGGCAUCAAAUAUGUCGAGGUAUACUACGACAUUGGUUUGAAGAACUCAUUCAUCUGGGAGCGUGUUGUCAUCAGUGUGUCCACUCACACUGACGAGGACUUUGGAGACCCUUUUACUGGGUAUGGAGAUGAUUCAAAGGGCUAUGUGAGCACUCCAGUCAAUGAUUUCUUGGAUAUAAUCCUCCAACCCUGGCAAAGUAUCAUUGACCAUGCCCAAGAAUCAUAUCUCUGGAUGCUCUGGUGCGGCUCCCUUGUCAACAACCUAGACUCAUUUCAUGGCUUGCAAGAGGCUGUUGUCCAACACAAAUUAACCGGUACCAUCGCCUUCAAUGCUCCUCGUUUUCAACCUUCUUUCGCCUCACACUUGCUCAUUUCAUUUACUGAGAGGGUCCUCAUUGGGCGGUGCCCACUUCGGUUGGCUUUCAAGGAUAUGCUCUCACAGUCCUGGGACCUAGGCAGCCACUCUGACAUAUUUCUGUUGACCACUGUCAAGGAGGGCGGCCUUAGUAUUUCUAGGUUUGCAUGGGCUAAUGUGGAGAGUGUUUUGGAUGAGCACAAGGUUGCCUAUGUUUCUGCCAAAGGAAACACGGCCAAGAAGGCUACAAUCCUCAAAACCAUCAAGGAUUCUAUAGUUGAAACUGAUCGAGCCAAGGAUCCUUCUAUCAUGCUUCCAGACAAAAACUUUCGGAAGGCUAUUCGUACAUAUUACUUGCGGUUCCUGGAGGAUGACGAAGAUCAGGACCUUGAGAAAAAAAUCAUACAGGAAGGUCAUAAACUCCCAUCUGGUCCAGGGAUUGUCACUGUAGACAUGGUCAGAGACCGAGAGGAUGACAAGCCUCUGGAUGCUGCAGCAUUCAAGACUGAAUUCUCACCUUUUGAUGUCGCUCAGAAGUUGUUUAAAGAAGAAAUUGGGGAGUAUGAUAAGAAGCAUCGUGACAUCUCUGACCUGAGGUCCAUGGGGACAAGGACAAACUCUUAUCCGAAGGAUCAGUCAUACGCGCUCUCACGCGCGCGCCCUACGUAUGCGCCUCGUUCGCGCGCCUUACACGCACUCGCGCCUUUCGCGCGCGCUCGUGCGCCUCCCCUUAGGCCUUCGUACCCUUUACUUGAAAUCCGAUUAUACUUCACUCUUCUACCAUCGCUCGCGCAUCUGUUAUACUUGAACACUCUCCCCCAUCGCUCAAAAGCACGCUUCCGUAUACACGCGCGCCCCUCGCAUCUUUCGCUCGCGCGCGCCCUUCGCGCACCUUUGCAUUUGCUUACUCGCGCCUACGCGCGUGUUAUCUUCUCGCGCCUUCGCGCGCGUUAUCUUCUCGCGCCUGUUACCACCCGUCUAGUUGGCGAAGACUCCCUCCAUUACAUUAAAGAGGAACUUCUCUCAGUAGCUGUCCUUUGGGUCGAGUCGUAUUCUCGUAUCCUGAUUCCUCACCUUCACCGGUCCUGGUACAAUGCCCUCUCACCAGAUGUGCUUGAGGAGCUCAGACUUGUGGCUGAAAAGUGGAAUGAGGAAGGUCCUCAUUCUCACGUCAAAGACAGAUACCGUGGCCGACACCAGAAGAAACUUAUGGAGGACUUCAUAAAGAUGGCAGGAAGAACUAUGGGUUUACAUCUUGUGAUUCUCGCAGCUCAUGAUCGAGGGGAGGGAAAAAUGCCUGGAACAACCAUGAAGUCGAAUAAAACUUUUACUCUCGCAUCCAAAGAAAAUAAAAAUGGGCAGGAGACAGAGUACAGCAUAGACCCUGAAGACCAAUCUGACAAGGAAGAUGAGAACUUGCCCGAUUUAACAGUGCAUGUCGACGAUGAGGGUUAUCCUUGCCUACCAACAGGGUUUGAAUCUCUCAUGCUCAAAAAUCAGCAGAAGAUUGUACAAAAGGUCUUUCAAAAGGCUUAUGCAGUCAUCUCAAACAACCCUUGGGCUGCAGUCCUCUGGGGUCAUAUCACUCAGGAUCCGGACCAUUACCUUGACAUGGACUGCAUCCCUCGGAAUGUCAUCAUCAAGGAUCCUUCUCACCUGCAGAAGGACGUCAUCAGCAUCAUUUUUUUACAUUGGAAGUUCCGUGCUAAUCGUAAUGAACCAAUUUUACGAUUCAUUGGGUAUAAGGAAGGUGACUUCUAUGAUUCUCUGGCUAAGAAGGGCGAUGUAAGUCAAAAAUCAAGGAAGAACCGAAAAUAUGUGGAAGUAUCAGAUGAUGAGGACAAGGUACUGAAGAAGGUCCCCCAAGCCAAUCUUUCUUUGGAUGAAGAGGAAGACUUGGCAAUAGGUCCGAGCCACACCUUGUCUCUUUCCCAUUCCUGUCCGAAAUUCCAUAUGGGCGGUGAUACAGUUGGUUAUCUUCAGUCCCUCUCCACUCUCCCAUCAUACCAUCAUCUGUUGGCCACAGUUCAAAAGCUUGCUGAGACACAAACUACAGAUCCUAAGGGCAAAGCUAGGAAGCAACAUCUGCCUGGUUGGUCAUCUUGGACGUGGUCUGAGGAAUAUCUACCUCAAAAUAUGCACUAUGAUAUUCAGGCGUCCUUCACUGCUUUGAAGGAACUAGAGAGCUAUAUCAUCAGAUCUCGUGGUUGGGGUAUGAUUGUUAUCCUUGGACUUGGACUCCUCCUUCGUGAGUGUCGCCGUGCUCAGGAGUAUGAAGCAGAUGAGGCUGGAGAUGAUGUACCUGAAUAUUUGGGCGCCUCCAUCCUUGGUAUUCAGGUAGGGGAGAAGAUUGAGGAGGCAAUUACCAGAAUUCAGGUGAAGGUGGAGGCAAUGCUGCCAGAUGGUCAUGAGAAGCAGAUGUCAGUGACCGAAGAAGUUCAUAUGAGGCGUCUGGAGAACAAAAGGCAGGUGAAAGAGAGGAGGGAGGCAGAGCAGGCAAGGGUUGCUGCAGAGAAGAAAGCUGCUGAGGAGGCUCGAGUGGCUGAGCAGAAGAGAGUGGCUGAGGUGGCUUGA